AUGUUGGUGGCUCGAUGUGCUCAACGAUUACCGUUGUUAAUACAUCGUCGACAUAUUAGUUUAUCCAGCUCCUCCUACUCUGUUCUCAACAACGUCUGGGACCGCGUGAAAGGACUUUUUACUGAGAACGAUAAGGAAAAUUUCCAUGAGGAAUUUAUUCGAAGAUCACAUAAGUCCGAUCGAAUUAAUAGCGAUGAAUGGAUGCUGAUUUAUCGAGACCACGGUGCGUCUCGGUCUUUCUUCGUAAUUUCUGUGGCUUUUCCCUUAUUUCUUGCUGGUUUGGCAAUUUUUGGGUAUGAGGUUUCUACCAAACCCCAAACCGAGAGGAAUAAAUUUGUGCAGCGACUGGCAAAGGAUGCCGAAGAGGUUGGUCUUUUGGCCAUUUUGCCUGCUAUAACAGCUUCUAUUGUGAUAUUCUUUUUGCUACGGAUACAUCAGCUACGAAUAUUGAGGAUUUAUCAGAACAAGAAGAGUGUGAACGAAUAUUUAGCUGUCGGGCCAAAACGAUUGCUCGAGAAGCAUCAGAUCCCCUUCAGUCGCGAGUAUGCGACCGCAUGUUAUUUCGCGGAUGAAAAAACAGGUUUUGCAAGGAUACUGGCUCAAGCUCUCUUAGGAAACAUGCAGAUUAAAAAUCGACGAUUUCUCAUCUCUGACGACGCAUUUCUCGCAAACAACUACCGAUCAUACAUGUUAAACGAGACAAGCACACCACCACGUCUGCGGUAA